AUGGGACCGGUAGAUAGACCGACCACCACCAGCCGCCCACCGUCGGCGGUGCACGUCCGGCGUCCCACGACGCUGGCACAAUGUACAUCGGUCGGUGUAACGAUGUGUCUAUUGCUUCUCACAGCGACCGUCGUACAGACAGGGCCUGUGAUCCGAUCACGGCGCAUGAUUCGCGAGAUUUACGUCGAAAACUCAGCAGCAUCGCCGGCGGUGCCGGAAAGUACUUCCUCGGAAGUUCCCACCAGCAGUAGCAACAACGCAACAGCAAGUGACAUGUGCCUAUACGAUGGUUCCUACAUUGAGCGAUCAGCGAUAGCAUGCGAGAAGAAGCACGGUUGCCGUGCGAUUCAGAAGACCGGUGAAUGCUGUCCGGAUUAUCAGUGUGAGUGUCAACGAGACGGCAAAACGUAUACCAAUGGUGAGAAAGUCUUCGACCCGAAUACCCCGUGCCGUGCCUGUUAUUGCCAGGGCGGCGAAAUAACCUGCAGUGAGGUGAGCUGCUACAAACGCAACGACUGUGACCCGAAGUACAUCCCUGGUCGGUGCUGUCCCGAGUACGAUAAUUGUCCUCCGCUAGAAAAUUUCAAAAUUACCGAGUCGAGCAAGAAUACAAAGGAUGCAGUCGAUGCCGAGCGGCACGAUGAAGAAACGAACGAGGUGAAGGGAAACUAUGCGGCCGAGGCGGAAGACCUGGCAGGACUUCAAAAGCAACAAACAUCGACAACGACGACGACGCUUCCACCAGCCGUUACGCCAUCGAUGGCCAACGAUAACCCACUCGGUAUCAAGAUCAAAGAAAUCACUAAAGCGGAAGAAAUUCGUCUGACCGACAAUCGUCCCAGCGCGGAAGAACAGCAGCAGCAGCAACAGCAAUUGAUAGCUAGCCGUGAAACAACCGCCCAGCCAUCUUCAACGCAAAGUGAGGAGCUCGUGAAUCUCGAACACUUAGACGUCAAUGUACCGGACGACGAUGGCGAAAAUGGGACGAAAAUUGUCCGCCACACUGAUGGCGAUGGGAUGCGAUCGGAUCUAGAAGAAGAGAUGAAGGAUUCCAGUGUAAGCGAAGAAUCGCUGAAAACUACUUCAGCGGAAAAUCGACUAGAAUCGAACGAAGCAUCAACCGUUGGUUCGGUGUCAUCGACCUUAUCCGAAUCGGACGAAUGGAUGGAUGUGAAGGAAUUUGCCGACUCGUCUACCUGGUCUUCAAGUUCAUUCGCUAUCAGCACCCCCACUCAAGCACCCUCAUUGGCACCCUCAACCAGUGGACCCCUACCACGUGACGAAGAAGUCGUGUCCGAGGGUAACAUGAAGCCAUCGAAGCAGGAUAACGCCCUACCGGCCGUAGUACAGAUUGGCGAUAAACUUGUGAUUGUAGAUCAUAACCAGCCGAAACCCAUCACCGUGAUACAAGUAGAGGAGGUGGAGGGCUUACAGCGAGGGGAAGACGAUAGUGUGUACGACCAGGAGAUGUACACUGAGCGCAGUCUUCCUGCAGCAGUCGAGGGUGGACGAGAAUCAUCAAAGAAACUAAAGCUGCACCAUUCGGCCGAUUUAGAACAGGAAACGCUAUCAACCCAGGCGGAUUCUAGCGCGGCUUAUGAAACGGUCUACCAUUCUGGAUCCACGGAACACGCUGGAGGUGGCUCGUCUGAGGAGAUUUUUGAAACGCAACUGUACACCGAAGGACCGGAGGAUGCCGCUGUUUCGGCGGAACGAAACGAUACACAGCAGGGAGAACCAUUGUCGGUGAGCAGAGAAGAGUUUCUUCACAUGGGAGACUCCCAAGAACCAGCAAAGAUUCAGCUGGAAGAAGAACACACGACUGCGAGUGCUGCCGUCAUUGGAUCCAGUACGUCCUAUAGCAGCAUGGAGGAGGGCAGUACAACAAUGUCUGACCUUCCAGUUUCCCUAAGCUCCGAAGCGUCAGGCGAUGAGAUGAUCUACGAUACUCAUUUUUACACCGAAGGACCAAGCGCAUCUUCUGAGGAUCAUGGACCAACGCUUGGAACCGGUUCGGAAGAAACGUCAACUGCUGGUUAUAUUCCGCGCCAUCCUGCUCCCGUAGCGGACGAGUUGGCUCCUCAGCACGAAACCUACAUUGAAGAUAACGAGCAUGAACUCAUUCACCCGGGAUUUCAGCCUAUCCCGGAGGAUUUCAGUCUACCCCAACUGGACCAACCGGCCAUGGACAUGGAAAUGGAACAUCAUGCUGCAUCUCCCAAAGAUGCUCCAGCGAAGCAAGAAAAAAUUCUCUCAGGAGUGCUAGAUUUGAAGCACAAUAUGACCUCCACAACUUCAGCUCCAUUGAGCAGCUCGGAGUCUUCCAAUGUGGAAGGUGUUCCAUCAAGUCAGGAAGAAACGUCAAACUCUCCCGCUUGGUUGAAGGAAGAUCCGCAGCCUCAGUUGAGAUCACCUGGCGAACCGCUUCUGAUUCCCGAGUGGGAACGGAAGAAUGGUACGGGCGGCAGUAGCAAUAGCUCCUCGGAGGAAGAACUGGAUCAGGAGGCCAGUGGAGCCGGUAGUGCACCCAGUGAUUUCCAAGUGCUCAAGAUGGGCUCGGAAGAGUACGUAGAUGCUGGUGAGGGUAGUGGGUCAGCACCCUCAACACCUACCACUACAUCGGCAAAGACAUCAAUGGCCGAAAAUCGUUCGGAAGAAGAAGAGGACGAAGGUAAGGCGAAGGAACCAAUAUCUGGUGGGCUGGAAUUAGGCUCUGUGGCAAAUUCUCUGCUCGAUAUCGAUUCUCCAGCGUCGACAAACGCCACAGACGACCAGUCGGACAGCGUCAAGCAUAAUCCAAAGAACGAUGUGGAGAGUUUGAAGUAUGAUGAAGACGAAAACAAUGCCACUGCGGAAGAAGUCAUCCCGAAGAAGGUACAGCAACUGGAACCAAGUGAACGAGAAGUGACUGGCGGUGUACAUGCGCCCACGCUGACUAGCGUCUGAGCACGAUUUACCCAAAUCAGCGGCAAUGCAAGCCAUGCAUAAAAUCUUGGUGCCAGUUUAACAUUCCCUCUUAACACAGUGACGCUCCUCAAAUUUGGUAAGGAGCACCAACUGCUGGCUGGUGUAUGUGGUAGUAUUUCUGCUCCAACGUGCAGACGUGCCAUCAAAUUGUAGAUUUCCUCUAAAACGGCAAAGCUCAUUCACCUCAAACAACGAGUUGUAAGGGGAGGGAUAGAAUGUAAAUCUGAAAAAAUAGCGCUCUUUAUCCGUUUGGCCCUUGCAAGGUGUAUGUACAGUCUUGUGUGAUUGGUUCCAAUUGUUUAAGUUAAAACAUUCUGAAAGCCUUGUGCAAAUUAUUUAUUCCCACACCACACAUUGUUCCAUUUGCCGUUCAUCUGUGUGGUGUUUAUGGCAAUGGUUUGCAUAGGAUCGUGCGACGGUGAAUGGUACGUCAUACCGGGAUGUACUGUAGAUAAGCAUAAGGCAUUAUUUUAUCAAUGUCCACAUCGGUGCCCUGUAUCGUUGACGACAACGGUAACGAAACAGAGAUCGUUCUGUAGAACAGCCAGGUAUGUGAUAAGCGUGACGAAGGAUCGGAUAAGAGUUAUUGGAAGCGUUCCGUUUUGUUUUCCGUAGCCAUGCAUACCGGUUUUACUUUACACUUAAGAGACUGUUGUGUUAGGCGCUAGCAAGUACGUAUUUAUUAAUUGUCAUGCUAUUUAUAUACCGCCGGUACCGUUUCAUCAAAACUUCAUCCUGCCACGGCCAUUUCCAUCUGCAGUAGUGGGUGGACCACAAAUUUCCUUUAAAUAGUUCUCCUAGGGGCUCCUCAAUGAGCAGAUCGGAGCAGAAGCGAAUUUCCUAGACUUAAGGCUAAACUUUAAAGCAAAUGAUACGUGAAAUCAGAAGUCAUACCUUAAUCUAACCGGUAGUCUCUCUGCGGGGAACGGAUGGUAAGUUAGUAGAACGAUGGAUCGAAUGUUUCUCUCUGUUGCCUUAUGCAUGUAUUUAUGCACAGGGUGAAUGUUGCUGGUGCUGAUGCUACUUCAAUGAACGGUCCAUGCAAUUGAGGAAACAUGUAAACAAUUUCCAGUAAAAUUGGGAAAGAGGUUAGAAAAGAAGCAUUUUUUAUUCUGAAAAAAACAUUAAAAACAAACAAAUUUUACUAGUUUCUGGAGCAUAAUAUAAAUGAAGCAAAAUUACAUAUUACAAUUUCAAGUAUAGUUAUUAUCAUUAGUGCGUAAAACAGAGGUAUCCGUUGAGAGGUAAAGGAACUACAUGCAGUAAAUAAGCCUAAGAGCAUUGUAGUGUAGACGAAGGGUAGCUAGAUAGUGAAAUUAGCAUUAUUCAAACAAACUGUAAAAACAAUCUAUGGCUACAUGCGGAAUGGAAUAAAUAUUUCUAUGGCAAGGUA